AUGCCUCCCACCACCUCAAUUCCCCGUUUCCUGCUUCCGAAGCGGGGUCUCAUCUGGAGCAAAUCCUCUGCCACCUUCCAGAUAAUCCGGCAUGCAUCCAAAGCAGCGAAAGGCAAACCAGCAAAGAAAGCUCCACAGCCAAUACUGCUCGAGAAGCCAGCAAAGUUCAACCCGCCCAGUCACCCAGCUAGGAAAUGGACGGCACCGAGACAAUACCCAGGUCGCAAUCUGAGCAAGGAGGAGGAGGCUACCAUGAAGACUAAACAGUAUCCAAAGAUGAUGCCACCGCCGGGGACGUUUAUGCAUUGGUUUUUGCACAAUAAGAGUAUACAUUUGUAUAUCACUCUUGGCACGCUCUCAACCCUAGCCUUUACAGUCUGGUUCACAAACUUCCAACGCAACUCCCCCUUUGCACACAUGCUACCGGCCGGCUCGCAAUUCUUCCUCCAUCCCAUCGCCUACACGCGCACGUUUUUUGAAGUUCUGAAACUCACCAGUGAUUACAACACCCAGGAGACGAUUGAGCGCAGGAGAGCUCGUGUAGAAGAUGUUGCGAAGAGGGAUGCGUAUAGAAAGGCGCAUGGAAUGGAUAAGCAGCAGGGCUUUGGCGGCUGGACGGCGAAGAGCGAUGAUGAGGUUUUGGGGAGUGGGAUGAGAAUCGGGGAUGGGAAGAAGGCAGAGGUUGGGGGUGGAUGA